AUGGCUUUCACCUUGGCCAGAGUUGGGAGCCGGUUCCGGAUCCGCAACCUCCUGGCGCGGCAAUGCCUGGCAGAGUUUCUGGGUGUGUUUGUGCUAAUGCUCAUCACUCAGGGAGCAGUGGCCCAGGCUGUCACCAGUGGAGAAUCCAAAGGCAACUUCUUCACCAUGUUUCUGGCUGGCUCUCUGGCUGUUACCAUGGCCAUCUACGUGGGGGGUAAUGUCUCAGGAGCCCACCUGAAUCCAGCCUUCUCCCUGGCCAUGUGCCUCCUGGGACGCUUCCCCUGGGCCAAGCUCCCCAUUUACUGCAUGGUGCAGCUGCUGUCUGCUUUCUGUACCUCAGGAGUCACCUAUGCCCUCUACUACGAUGCCCUACAGAACUACACAGGGGGCAACCUGACAGUGACUGGCCCCAAGGAGACGGCCUCCAUCUUUGCCACCUACCCAGCUCCCUAUCUGUCCCUGAGCAAUGGUUUCCUGGAUCAGGUUCUGGGCACUGGGAUCCUGAUUAUAGGGAUCUUGGCCAUCCUGGACACACAGAACAAGGGAGUGCCUGCGGGUCUGGAGCCCGUGGCCGUGGGGCUGCUCAUCCUGGCCAUCGGGCUGUCCAUGGGUGUCAACUGCGGGUAUCCACUCAAUCCUGCCCGGGACCUGGGCCCACGACUUUUCACCUAUGUGGCUGGCUGGGGUCCUGAAGUCUUCAGAGCUGGUAAUGGCUGGUGGUGGGUGCCAGUGGCCGCCCCCCUGGUGGGAGCCUCGCUAGGGGCAGCCGCCUACCAGUUGCUGGUGGCUCUGCACCACCCUGCGGAGUCAGAGCGAGGGCAGGAGCUGGAGUUGGGAAGCGCAGUUACGGAGUGCCGGCUAUGA